UUUGGACCGUAUUGCCUUCCGUACUGAAAGCGUCCAUAGCAGCCAUAGGGAUGUUAACAACGAGCAUGCAUUAACUUAACUUCACAUCGAAACUGAUUUCAGUGCAGCGAGGGUGGUUUGGUGGGAUUUAAAUGUUUUUCAGGGUGUUAAUGGUGUGGAAAUGACCUCAGAAAACCCAGCUGUUUUUCUUCUCAUGGUUAAUGGGCAAAUCGAAGCAGCCGAUUUCCCAGAAUAUGACGAUCUUUACUGCAAGUAUUGCUUCGUUUAUGGACACGACUGGGCGCCCACAUCAGGCUUGGAAGAGGGAAUUUCUCAAAUAACUUCUAAAGGUAGAGGAUCUCAGAGUUUGGUGUGGAACUUCCCACUGGACAUCUCGUUCAAAAGCACGAACCCAUUUGGCUGGCCCCAGAUUGUGGUCAGUGUGUACGGCCCUGACACUUUUGGAAAUGAUGUUGUGAGAGGUUAUGGAGCCAUACACAUCCCGUUUACACCUGGAAAACACACCAAGACCAUCCCUAUGUUUGUUCCUGAGUCUACAUCAAGACUUCAGAAGUUCACAAGCUGGCUGAUGGGACGGCGUCCAGAAUUCACAGAUCCCAAGGUUGUUGCCCAAGGAGAUGGAAGAGAAGUGACGAGGGUGCGCUCACAAGGUUUUGUUACACUACAGUUCAACAUUGUGACCAAAGACAUGAAGAAACUGGGUUAUGAAACAACAUCAGAGCAUUCAGCUGCUACAGGACUGACAAAAACAUCUCAAAAGCUCUAAUAACCACUUUCAGGAUAUUCCUGUAAUCUUAAUCUGCUUUCAAGUCACUUUCAUAGUCACUUUAUAGCUAUACAAAUGUGAUAUUGCUUUAUCAGCUUUUUAUGUUUUUAACUAAACUGAUCUUGUGCAUUUAUACAAGUUUUUUUUUGCAUUUUUGAUUCGCAUAAUCUGAAUUCCAUCUUUGCCUAUUUUAAACCUAGACACUAAAUAUGAUAAACCUUUGCCCAGGGUAUUUAUAUUGAAUUAAAACCACAAGAACAUUAAAGUUAACUGAAAUAAACAAACAACUGAAAUGAAA